AUGAUCAUCAAGUUCCCCAGCUCCGAGCCCAUGACCGACACCAAGCUCUCCUACAAUGGCUUCCCCGACGCGCGCGCCCAGUCUUCUGGCCACCUGUCCCAUCCGCGAGAAACCGUGCUCUACCCGCCUCCUCCAGACGCGCCCCCGUCCUACUCCCUCAGCCCCACGUCAUACCCCACAUACACCUACGUUAGAUCCUCUUCCUCGGCUCCCCCGCCAACACCACCCCCGCAACACUCCUUCGCCCGCCCACGCAAUCCCGCGAUGCCCUGUGGCCCAUUUGAGCCGCUCACCGUGCUUUGCUCCGGUCCCGCGCUCGCCGCCGGCUUCCCCGCGUACCUCCCCCCCAGCACGACGGUGCCGCACCCGUUCGGGACGCACGACAUCGCGGAGGAAGACUGGGCGGGCUUCCUCGCGGACGUCGCGCGCGCGGGCAGCAGCGUCGACGAGCGGUGGCUCCGCGCCGCGUUCGCCCCGAAGUACCCCGAGCACGAAGCCCUGGGCGGGAGGGGGCGCGACGGCGGGUCGCUGAUCGGACAGCUCGCAGAGCUCGCGACGCCCAAGGGCAAGAAGCGGGGCACGACCAAUCCGGUCAACGACGUCGUCGGGCAGUGGAACUCCAACUUCUUCCACCACCGCAACAUCGAUGCCGCGAUCGUCUUGGACGGGCCUCCACCUGCCCCCCAGGCGUACGGCCAAGAAGACUACCAUGAACGCAGGCGGAGAGGCCGCCGACGCCAGGGGCUCAUCGGCGGACUCAUCAGCGCCGCGGUGGAGGCCGCUACCCAGAGCUCUGCGCCACCGUCCCAGGAGCACUGGGUGCUGGUGCUGCGCUACUGGCAGCCUGGCAUGGGCUAUUUGCAGCAACAGCAAGGAUAUGCUGGUGGCGGCGGGUUCGCGCGGGCGUAUUGA